GCGAUAUCGCAAUCUCAAAACGAAAAACUAUUCUUCAUUCAUUGCUCUGUCUCUUUGAAAUAACUCCCACCAAGCUUCACUUUUCCACUUUCACCCUUCCUCCGCCACAUGUCGCCGCCAACCGCCGAUUCCGGCGUCAUUCGCCGUUACACUCCGGAGGACACCAACGGUUUUCACAAUGGCAACGCCGAAUCCUCCAAACCGAAAGCUAAUUCCGUGGCACCGCCGAUUCCGAGUACGUUCGGCGACGCGUUUAUCGUAGUUCCGCCGGAGAUUCUCCGGAGAAUCAUAUUCUCUUCGGCUAAAGGUUUCUCGGUUGGAGCUGGUAUCAAAGGCGGUCUCGCUCUGUUCGCGAUCUUGGCGCGAUUCGCACGAAAAAAACCGCCAAGGAAAGAGAUUGUGGUGACGAACGGUGAAGUGAUUGUUACGGCUCUGAAGGAAACGUUGAGAUAUGGUUUGUUUCUUGGAACCUUCGCCGGAACGUUUGUUUCAAUGGAUGAGUUUAUAGGUGCUUUUGGAGGUCACCGUAGGACAGCAAGGUGGAGAGCGCUGUUUGCAGGGGCAGUUGCUGGGCAGUCUAUGCUUCUGACGGGGUUAGAAGCACAGCACACAAGCUUGGCCAUUUACAUUCUCAUGCGUGCUGCUGUCUUAGCAUCUCGUUGUGGGAUUAAGAGCAAACGAUUUGGGAGAAUUUGUAAGCCUCUCACAUGGAAGCACGGAGACAUUUUCCUCAUGUGUCUCUCAUCUUCCCAAAUUUUGUCUGCUUAUAUAUUACACCAAGACAGUUUACCUGCUUCAUAUAAAUCCUUUCUCAAUAAACAUGGUGGAAAGGAUGCAGUUAUCUUACAAGGUGUAAAAGAUAUAGCCAGUGGCAAGCCUUUUACUAAUCUGCAUGCAGUAAAGAAAUACUACAAGACCAUGGGUGUCGACGUGAAAUUAGAUCCAAAUAUGAAAGUCCCAUGCUCGAUUGUACAUGGGAAUGAAUCAUGCGGUGGGCACGUCAUUUCUUUUCUCGGUCAAGCCUACAAAAGAGCGUUACCUGUUUAUCUUCCAGUUUAUCUGAUACCCGCCCUAAUAGUUCACAGAAAAGGACUUUUACAAAGGCCUUUUACAAUAUUAACAAAGGUUCUCAUUGGCACUGCAAGAUCAAGCUUGUUUCUGUCAGUAUACUGUACAUCUGCCUGGAUGUGGACAUGCUUUCUGUUUAGGAUCUUCAAAAGAUGUAACAUUCCAAUGGUGGCCAUGGGAACGUUCCCACCUGGCCUUGGAUUAGCUAUUGAAAAGAAAAGCAGGCGAAUGGAAAUAUCAUUAUACUGCCUUGCCCGAGCUAUUGAGAGUUUCUUCACAUGCAUAGCUGAUGCUGGGUAUCUGCCACCGUCUAGAAGGAUCAAGAGAGCUGAUGUUGUAGUUUUCAGCUUGUCAACAGCCAUCAUAAUGCACUGCUAUGCACAGGAGAGGGAAGUGUUCAGAUCCAAAUAUUUGAACGUUCUCGAUUGGGUUUUUGGUGUACCGCCUCCUCCAUGUGAAACCCCGCGAUGUAAAGGUACCUAGGUAAAGUGUUAAAGCUCGUAAAGUAAUUUUGUCCGAAAAAAUUUUCCCCAAACUUGGUGGCACAUAUUUGGUGUUGCCUUCUCAAAGUGAAUGCUGGCCUGGGAACCUGAAUUUUUCAUUGAGCAGGGAACUAGAAUGAUUACUUGAAUAUAUGAUAAUAGUCCCAGAAGCAUUUUGUAAACUCAUGAAGAUUGAUGGUGUUGCGACCGAUUAUUGCUGCAUGAUAUUUUGCAUGCUAGAAGAACAAAUAUAAUCAUUGGAACUAAGAUCUUAUUCAUCGGGGUUACAUACGGAGCCAUUACUAAAACCUCCGAGGAUCAACUCUUUCAGCAGCCCGGAUGUGUUUCCUGCUGCCAUACUUCAUCACACCCCUUUGUGUCCUAAGCAACUUGAUAAUUGAAGUAUAGGUUUUUUACCCUUUCAUAUGAAAUUUAUUAAAUGAAAUGAGAGUGAUUUUACUUUUUUUUUAAA